CAAGAUAUCAGUAAUAAACAAUCCUUCCUUCGUCUCCGUCUUGUUGCUUCCUACAAUUAAUUGAUAUUGCUACUUCUGGACUUGAUGAACAUUCCAUGGCCUGCAGCGUUCGAAGAUGGAGACAUUAUAAUGUCUUCUUCAGUGAUUUUGAGUCAGUUGCGGAGCUGGUGGGCACUCAGGAUCCAGGAGCGAAGGUUGUGGUGCUUGGCAUAUUACUGAGGGAUAGAACGAAAGCGGCAUAUGACGGCAUGGAACGCGUGCAUGGAAAGAAGAUUUGGGAGAGAAUAGUUGAACAACUGGAGACGGAGUUUGAAAGUUCAGCGGACAGGGAGCUGGCGAUGCAGCAGUUCCCGAGCACGAGACUUGGAAUAGACGAAGACCCGCUGGUAUUGACUGGUAAGUUGACUAAACUACUUCGACGAGCACUUCCCACUUUGGAUGAGUCUCAGGAGCAGUCGCUGGCUGCACGGUUUACCAAAGGUGCCCCAGAUGUCACUGCCCAGCAGCUACGACUAGUGAACUCAGCCCAACUCAUGGAUAUUAGUGGGCUUGUCAAGGUCACUAGGCAGCCAAUGGUACGACAGUAGCUGUGGUGGAGUCACCAGAGGUAAAUAACUGGAGAAAACAUGUCGAUAAACUCCGGGAGGAUAUCAAUAGACAGUAGUUAUCAAAUAUUGUACACUUUCCACUAAGACAGUCAGUUGCACAGUGUCCUUCAUUUCUUCUUCUGCUUCUAUCUUGAUUUGCUCUAAAUACGCA